UGAAUUAGUAUUUGUUCAAUUUCAGUCUAAAAUAUCUGGCUGUUGGAGCGAGCGGUUCAUCGUCUCACUGAAGUAUCGACUACAGGUACAUUUGCAGUUGCAUUGAAGUGCAACAGAGCAAGAAAUGGAUCCAAAACGACCACCCUAUCCUGGUCCCCCAGGGGUCACCCGCAUACCAUGGAUGCAGUCAGCAGAAAAUCAGGGUCAACCGCCAGACCAGCCCCCAUUGGGACGGGCCAGAGGUCUCGUUCUGCCUAAAGAUGAACCUCUUCUUGGACGAGGUAGAGCCUUAGGCGUACCUGGAGAAAUGCCUGUGCAGAUUGGGAGAGGAAUAACUCAGUCUGUAAGUGAGCUUCCGGUGGGCAUUCCUAGAGGAGUGCGAUUACCGAUAGAAGAGGGAGGUUUUGGAAGAGCCCGAGGUUUUUUGCUGCCCACUCUGGAUCCCACUGUUGGGAUAGGGAGAGGGGCUGCUGUGGGACCAGUAUCUAUCCCGGACAUCGGAAAAUUAGAGGCACAUGAAAAGAUGCCUGAGCUGCAAUCACAGGUGACUCCAACGGUUGCCAAGGUUGAUGCUCCUGGGCCGGGGUCAUCGCUGGUGUCCAUGUUCAGGGGCCUGGGCAUUGAGCCAGGAAAGACAUGGGACAGAGGAGCUACACCUCUUGGACGGGGGGCAGCAGGCGAUUUUGGGGCAGAUGUACAGCCUAAGCCGACCAUCAUUGGGGCAGCCGCUCUGACUCCAGAAAGAGAAGAAGCUCGCUUAGAAGAAUCCAUCAGUUUCCUGGGCAGAGGAUUUGUUGGUGUUGGCAGAGCAGCAUUGCCUCAUAUGAGUGUAGGUCGUGGACCGAUUGGCUCAUCAGGCCCCGUGUCUCCCAUUGCUGCCCCACUCUCCCUGUCAUCUGCUACCUCCAUCUCUGAAGAUGCCCCAGUUCCUCCAGGAACACCACCUAAAGUUGAAGUGAAAAUUGAGACCGUGAAGGAGCCUCUGCAGAAAAUGGGAACAAAAGGCAGUCCCGUAUCCAUCGGGUCAAACUACAUACCCAUCCGUUGCAAAAAUGAAGCUGUGUUUCAGUACCAUGUUACUUUUACCCCGAACGUUGAGUCUCUCGGUAUGCGUUUCGGUAUGAUGAAGGAACAUCGGCCUACUACGGGAGAGGUGGUAGCUUUUGACGGAUCCAUCCUCUAUCUGCCCAAACGUCUUGAAGAGGUUGUUCAUAUUAAAGCUGAGAGAAAAACCGACAAUCAAGAGAUCGACAUCAAGAUCCAGUUGACAAAGAUUCUGCCACCCAGCUCUGAUCUAUGUAUCCCGUUUUACAACGUGGUCCUAAGGAGAGUGAUGAAAUUACUAGGCCUGAAGCUGGUGGGCAGAAACCAUUACGACCCCAACGCUGUUGUGAUUCUCGGCAAACACAGGCUUCAGGUGUGGCCUGGGUACUCCACCAGUAUCAAGCACACCGAUGGUGGCCUCUACCUCAUUGUGGAUGUCUCCCAUAAGGUGCUACGAAACGACUCCGUGCUGGAUGUCAUGAACUUGAUUUACCAAGGAAGUCGUGCAAGCUUUCAGGACGAAUGCACAAAGGAGUUUGUUGGUUCAAUCGUCAUCACGCGGUAUAAUAACCGCACUUACCGUAUCGAUGACAUCGAGUGGUCCAAGUCUCCCAAAGACACUUUCACCUUGGCUGACGGAACCGUGACCACGUUUGUCGAUUACUACAGAAAGAACUAUGGCAUUACCAUAAAGGAACUGGACCAACCACUGCUCAGCCAUCGUCCAAAAGAGAGGUCCAAACCAGGAGGAAAGGUUAUAACCGGUGAAAUCCUGCUGCUGCCGGAACUCUCCUUCAUGACCGGCAUCCCUGAGAAAAUGAGGAAAGACUUCAAAGCCAUGAAGGAUCUGACCAUGCACAUCAAUGUGGGAGCCGAGCAACACACCCAGAGUCUCAAACAACUGCUGCACAACAUCAACAGCAAUAAUGAAGCUGUCUCAGAGCUGGCCCGCUGGGGCCUCAGCAUCAGCCAAGAGAUUCUAGUGACUCAAGGAAGAACUCUGCCCAGUGAGACCAUCUGCUUGCAUUCUGCUUCUUUUGUCACCUCUCAGUCAGUAGACUGGUCCAGAGAGGUGGUCCGAGACCCCUCCAUCAGCACUGUCCCUCUGAACUGCUGGGCUGUUUUCUAUCCCCGGCGGGCAACUGAUCAGGCUGAGGAGCUGGUGACUACUUUUACAAGAGUAGCCGGACCAAUGGGAAUCAGAAUCGAGCGGCCAAUCCGUGUAGAGCUACGGGAUGAUCGAACCGAAACUUUCAUCAAGAGCAUUCACUCUCAACUCUCCAGUGAGCCCCGUGUGCAGCUGGUCGUGUGCAUCAUGACCGGAAACAGAGACGACCUGUACAGCGCCAUCAAAAAGCUCUGCUGCAUCCAGAGUCCCGUACCAUCACAGGCCAUUAACGUGCGGACCAUCUCCCAGCCGCAGAAGCUCCGCAGCAUCGCUCAAAAGAUCCUUCUGCAGAUUAACUGCAAACUGGGAGGAGAGCUGUGGACGGUAAAUGUUCCUCUGAAAUACCUGAUGGUGAUUGGGGUGGAUGUUCACCAUGACGUAAGCAAGAAGAGCAGAUCUGUCAUGGGCUUUGUGGCCAGUCUCAACAGCAUGCUGACCAAAUGGUACUCCAGAGUUACUUUCCAAAUGCCUCACGAGGAGAUAAUCAAUGGCUUCAGAGUCUGUCUGCUGGCUGCCCUGCAGAAAUACUACGAGGUGAACCACGCCUUCCCUGAGAAGAUCGUCAUCUAUCGCGACGGCGUGUCAGACGGACAGCUAAAGACCGUGGAGCUUUACGAGAUCCCUCAGGUUCUAAAAUGCUUCGAGACCAUCCCGAACUACGAACCUAAGCUGGCUUUCAUUGUGGUGCAGAAAAGAAUCAGCACCACCCUGUACUCCUAUGGAUCAGCGCACUUCGGCACACCCUCGCCGGGAACCGUACUGGACCACACUGUCACAAACAGAGACUGGGUGGACUUCUACCUAAUGGCACAUUCGAUUCGACAGGGUUGCGGCCUGCCCACUCAUUACAUAGCAGUGUACAACACUGCAAACCUCACCCCUGACCACUUACAGAGGUUGACCUUCAAGAUGUGCCACCUGUACUGGAACUGGCCCGGAACCAUACGUGUUCCUGCACCGUGCAAAUACGCCCAUAAACUGGCCUUCCUGUCUGGCCAGUACCUGCAUUCAGAGCCUGCCAUCCAGCUCUCAGAGAAACUGUUCUUUCUGUAAAUGAUACCUGUUCAGCAUCUCAACCAGAUGGUAGAUUUCAUGAGUCUCUGACUUUCGUUCUUGUUUUUUUUUGUUUUUGUUUUUGUUUUUGAUUGCUGUUCUUAAAAAGUACUGUUCAGAAUGUUCUUUGCAUGUCAUCCAAAACAACGUCCAAGGUUUUUUUUUUCCUGUAACUCUUAGUUGUUCGUUUUAGUGGAGCAUUACUAAAUAAAGUGCAUGCCACACUUUAA